AGCAAAGUUGCGGCACAAUUGCGCGGUAGGCGGUAGGUCGAGCCAGGUCGAGCGAGGAGUGCGAGGGCUGCGAGGAGUCGAUCGAGAGCGAGCUUACGGACGGACGGACGGUUUGCGCGAGUGACAGGUGGUUUUCUGACGUUUCGCUCAUCGUCAUCGUCGUCGCUAGCGACAGAGCGCGGCUGCCUGCCAUAUUGCGCGUGAAUACCAGUAAGGCAAGCGUUCGUCCGCGUCGUCGUGCGACCCGAUGACAGAGUGAGUUCACGUUCGAAGAGCAAUCAAGUCCGCGGACCGUCAGCCGCCGCGGCGUUCCUUGUACACACCCCCUUGGUCACGGCCCAGCGGUCACGGCGAGCAGCCUUUCCACUGUACACAGCGCCGAUUCACGAACGUGUGCAAAAUGUCGACCGGUCCAUAUAAUUAUUCCUAUAUCUUCAAAUACAUCAUCAUAGGGGAUAUGGGAGUAGGCAAGUCAUGCCUACUUCAUCAGUUUACAGAAAAAAAAUUUAUGGCAGAUUGUCCACAUACCAUUGGUGUUGAAUUUGGCACUAGGAUUAUAGAAGUAGCAGGACAGAAGAUAAAACUGCAGAUAUGGGACACUGCUGGACAAGAACGAUUUAGAGCAGUUACUAGAUCAUACUAUCGUGGUGCAGCUGGAGCAUUAAUGGUGUAUGAUAUUACACGCCGUUCAACUUAUAAUCAUCUCAGUAGCUGGCUGACAGACACAAGAAAUUUAACAAAUCCGAGCACUGUUAUAUUCUUAAUUGGUAACAAAAGUGAUCUCGAAGGUCAACGUGACGUUACCUAUGAAGAAGCGAAGCAGUUUGCUGACGAACAUGGCUUAAUGUUUGUCGAAGCUAGCGCAAAGACAGGACACAAUGUGGAGGAAGCCUUCUUGGAAACUGCAAAGAAAAUAUUCCAAAGUAUACAAGACGGGCGAUUGGACCUAAAUGCAGCAGAAUCUGGUGUACAGCAUAAUCCCAGUCAACCGGGUCGCACCAGUCUCCAAGGAGUAUCUAAUGAACAGCAGGGAGGCAAGGACUCCUGCUCUUGUUAGGUCUUAUUAUUUGUUUGUAUAUAGAUAUAUUAAUUGAUCGGUACUAUUAAUGCAUAUAUGAUUUGUACUAAGUGUAGUUGACAGAUUAUCUCGUAGCCUGUAUCCUCCCUUUGAUAAGCAAAGUCCACUUAAAAAAAAAGAAUGAAAUAUGUUGAAAAUGUCCUUUUUUUAAUUAGCGUCAAUUUACGAUGUUCAAUAUAAUGUUAUAAGUACACGAUAUAAUAUAGAGACGUGCAUUGUAAAAAUGAUAAUCCGGUAAUGCUACUAAUUUUUGACGCGCGGAAAGUCGAUGAUCGAUAAAACGUCUUUUGUAUGAUUAUUGCAAUUUAUACACUGUUUUCACAUAGACGUUUUUUUUCUAUAUUUUAUGCAUUUUUUGUGAAACUAGGUAAAGAAAGAUUCGUUUAGAAUAUACAUAUUCUAUAAAUUUGUUUAGAAUAUACAUAUAAUAGCACAUAUGUAGAAGCUGAUUAACCUUUAUCAUAUGUUUGACAGAAAAUUUUUGUUAGACCAACUUAACAGCGAACAUGAGCGAUAGAAUUUAAAUUUAACUAAUUUAUAUCUGCAUGUGGGAAGAUCACAUGUUUGUUAUAACAUGCAAAUUCUUGCUUUAAAAGAUUUAUUCAAUGAAAAUUAAAUUAUGCGGUCAGAUUUUUCUCACUCUCACUUUUUAAAUCUGCUUUACUUGUUAAAAUAUGCACAUUCAUGUAUUGUGAGCUUGGUGAUUUCAAUUAUCUUUUGAAUUAUAGAUAAAGAGAGAAAGUAGGGAUCAAAAAUUUACUUUUUUUUUUUAAAUUUAUCAUUUAAAGAUAUAUCUAUUCUUGAUGAAACAAAUACAUAUACAUAUGCAUACAUGUGUAAAUUUAACAUUGUUUUUAGUGACAAAUUAAAAAUGGAAUUAUUCGUCUUUUGUUUAUGAUGUUAAUUGAAAAUCCAUAUUUUGAUUUGUAGAAAAUUUAUAUUAGCAAAUAUAGUCAUAUAUGUAACUUGAAUAUCACAUGAAAUGAUGUAGCUUAAAAUAUUGUCACACAUUUUUUCUACGUUUUUUUUAUCUGCCCAGGAGAUCUUUAACUUGUUAUAUAAUGCUUCUAUGCUUCAUAUUAGAGAACAGUAUUAGCAAGAUCUUAUUUUUCACAUUAUAUAUUAUAUUAAGGGCUUAAGAAACAUAAACUAAUUCAGUUGAUAAAUUGAUGUGCUUUCACAUGAACACAGAAUUACAUAAGCUCUAUUUUGUUAUGAUUUGAGGCUCCAUAAAGAAAUGAGAAAAAGAGAAAAUAAAUUGAAAGGCAGCAUGUAACAAACACAAUGAUUUACGUUCUCUUCAACGUUGUAGGUCUUGUAAACAAUUUGUAUUUGAUAGUUUAAGAAAGUGCGAGGAAUUGCCUCGAAUAAACCUGACCAAAACUUUA